GACAGUUACUACUCUCUUUAGCACUCGGUUAUUUGGUUUCGUCUCAUACAUUUUCUUUUUUCUUUUUCGCUUUUUUCUCUUUGGCUGGGCCCGAUCUCUGCCACAGCCAGCAAUAUCAACAGGGCUGCAACUGCUUAUUAUAUUAAUUCUUACCCAUAAGCGCCGAGCUCCCUACUCUCACCAAAUGCUCCCUUCUUUUCCCUUCUAAUAACCUCUCUUUGCUGCAUUUCUUUGGGCUUUUUUUCUUUUUCUUUUUCUUUUUUUCUCUUGCGGGUUAUGGCGGAGGUUUUGGACGACGGUGAGUUUUGGCUUCCGUCCCAGUUCUUAACCGACGAUGACUUUUUCGCUGACGGAGUUAAGGCUACCAACAAUACCAAUAAUCUUAAAGAUGGGUUCGGGUUAGAGCUUGAUGGUUCCAAGUCUUUGUUUCCCUUUGAGAUCCCCGGUGGGUUUGGGUCUCUCGGGUUGUCUCCGGAUCUAGGUUCUCCUGUUGAGUCUGUGCUGGGUUCAACUGAAACAGAGAGUGAUGAAGAUUAUCUCGCUGGCUUAACUCGCCAAAUGGCUCACUCCACUCUCGAAGACGAUUCCCGCCGAAACGACCGCUCGUUUGCCGCUGAAAAUACCAAGGGUUGGGCCUUGUCCAGUUCACCGCAGUCUACCCUAUGUGCGUUACCGAGCGGUUGUGGUUGUAAGCAAGGUUCUAGUCGUGCAAGCCCGAACUGUCAAUCUCGAGUUUCGUCGCCGCCGGGAACCUGGGACUUGCUUUAUGCAGCGGCCGGUGAAGUGGAAAGGUUGCGAAUGAAUGAAGAAGGGUAUGGUGGAUUCAGCAACAGAGGCCUUUUGGGUCCACCAGCUAGAAAACCCUCUCCAAAUCUCGAUGUUUCUGGGUUUUACACUCAACAGUCACUUUCUCACAAUAAGCUGCGGACCACUCAUUUCCAGCAACUGAAGCAACAACAGCUAAUGAAGCAACAAAACGCGUUGGCGUGGGGAGGAUUGAAGCAGCAACAAGAAAACCAUGUGGUCCAAAACAGAGGAAGGUAUGCCAGUAGGACUUUAGGUUUGGCCCCAUCUGCGUGGCCCCCUCUGCAGCAACAGCAACCCCAGCCAGCGAACGGGUCGGGUAUGCGGGCUGUUUUCUUGGGCAAUCCAAAUGGGAAAAGGGAAUGUGCUGGAACUGGUGUUUUCUUGCCUCGUCGCGUUGGAAGCUUUUCUGAACCUCGCAAGAAGUCAGCUUGUCCUACUGUUUUGGUUCCAGCUAGAGUGGCUCAGGCCUUGAACUUGAAUCUGGAUGAGAUUGGGGCUCAACCUCAGCUUCAGCACCCUCGGUUCAACCCAAGCUUCACUUCUGGUAGCAAUAAUGCUGCUGCUUUGAGGCUUCGAAGUGGGGGAAAUUUUGUGGGAAAUCAAAAGCAGCGGAGUUUGAGGCCACAGCAAGAGAUGAGUCAUGAAGUUCGUUUACCGCAGGAGUGGACUUAUUGACUCAAACCUGCAUGCGGUGGUGGCUUACUAAUUGUUGGUUCUCUUGUUUUAAACGUUUUUUUUAUAGUUUAGAAAUUUUAAGGUUAGAAGAAAGAAAUGGGAAGAAGUUUGAUAGUUUGCUAUAGGGAAAAUAGUAGUAUAGUGGGUAUAUAGGGUUUAAGAUGGAAAAUGGGAAUGAAAAAGAAAGGGUUGGUUUUUUGGGGUUAGGUUUUUAGGGUGAAGAAGAAGAAGGAAAAUAAAGAAUUUUCUAGUUUCAGUGAUGGGUACAGCACACAACCAAGCAGCUUUUGUUCCUUUUGGUUGGGGCUGGGCUAACUAGGGGAGAACAGUGAAAAAGUUCAAUGGGGGGGGUGGUUACUCUUUUAUUGUAAUUCUGGCAUUUGGGUCAAUAAGUUUUUGAAUUUUGUUGGAAAAAGAAACGAAAUGUUGAUGAAAUGAAAGGCUUCUUUUUUUCUCUGCA